AGCCCAUUGCCCGCAUUAAAACAAAGACAUUAACAAUCAUGCGUUCAUCAUCUAAUCCAACCAAAGACACAAAAAUAAAGAUAAAAUUUUGCCGGAAUGGCUAUGAUAAUUAGGCCCGUGACGAUGAAGAUGAAGAUGAUGAUCAUGAAGAAUCAUUAUGAUAAUAAUCAUCAUAACAGAGUUCUGAAUCCAAGUCGUUUAGUCUCAGCUCAGAAAUUAGUGGGUGAAUUUAAUCCCAAAAUUCCAAUAGAGAAAGCAAAAACGCCACCAAGCUCAUGGUACACUGACCCUUCUUUUCACGCCCUUGAGCUUGAUUCUGUCUUCUACAGGGGCUGGCAGGCUGUUGGAUAUACUGAACAAAUACAACACACUGGUGAAUUUUUCACUGGAAGAAUCGGUGAAGUAGAGUUUGUAGUAUGCAGAGAUGAUAAUGGGAAAGUUAAUGGCUUUCAUAACGUGUGUCGCCACCAUGCCUCUCUUCUUGCCGCUGGAACUGGCAAAAGUAAUUCUUGCUUUGUAUGCCCUUAUCAUGGAUGGACAUAUGGCCUAGAUGGAAAACUUCUUAAGGCAACCAGAAUAACAGGAAUACAGAACUUCAAUGUAAAUGAGUUUGGUCUUAUACCACUGAAAGUAGCUACGUGGGGGCCAUUUGUUCUGCUCAAUAUAGACAAACAGAUGACACAUCACCAGGAAGUUGAUGGUGAUUCAGUGGCAAGUGAGUGGCUUAGUAGCUGUUCGGAGAUAUUGAGUCUCAAUGGAGUUGAUUCAUCAUUAAGUUUUUGGUGCAGACGUGAAUAUACAAUUGAAUGCAACUGGAAGGUAUUUUGUGACAACUACUUAGAUGGUGGUUACCAUGUGCCAUAUGCACAUAAAGGUCUUGCAUCCGGUCUUAAGCUUGAUUCCUACUCAACCACAAUAUUUCAAAAGGUUAGCAUCCAAAGAUGUGAAGGUGGCUGUACAGAAAGCAAAGAUGAUUUUGAUCGCCUUGGAUCUAAAGCUUUAUACGCUUUCAUAUAUCCUAAUUUCAUGAUUAAUCGAUAUGGACCUUGGAUGGACACCAAUCUGGUAAUCCCUCUGGGACCUAGAAAAUGCAAAGUGGUAUUUGACUAUUUUAUCGAACCUUCUUUGAAGGAUGACAAAGCUUUCAUAGAGAAAAGUCUUGAAGAUAGUGAAAGAGUGCAGAUGGAAGACAUUACUCUUUGUGAAGGUGUUCAGAGAGGCCUCGAAUCUCCGACUUAUUGUAGUGGUAGAUAUGCACCCUUUAUCGAAACUGCAAUGUACCAUUUUCAUUCUCUGCUUUAUGAAAACCUCAUAAACUAGUUCUCAUUGUGUUGCAUUUUACAUAAUGUAAAUGUUUAUUUUGUUUUUUUUUUUUUAUUACAUACCAUAAAACUUAAAUUCACAUUCCUGGAAUUUCUUGUUCUAUUAGUCAAUGUUCCAAAAAUCGAACCAAAUUGGUCGGUUGGACUGGUCCAACUGGUGACUGAUGCCCUCUUCA